UCGAUAUCGCAGCACAAGAUUUUUAAAGCUCCAACUCUCAAACAAACUUGACGUAACGUCACAAUAGAAAAAGAGCAUGGUGGAAAAUAGCAGUGUGAAUCUAAGUGUUUUACUUUUAUUCAUAGUGUUUGAGAACGUUGAAGGUGGCUGUUCCAGCGUCUAUAAUGGCUAUACCUACGUCUACUAUUGUACCUACUACAAUCCAUAUUUACUCGUUCUGGGAGCCUCCUACGGAUCAGUGAUCGGGAUCGGGAUUCUAGUAAGCUUUAUCGUCUGCUGGUGCUGUAACCAAAGGAAAAAUCAACAUGGGUAUCAUGGCGCGGUUAUUGUUCCAACUCCCCAAAGAACAGAUAAUAUCCAUCUCAGUCAUCAAUAUGGAAUCCCACAGAACCAGCAACCUGUUAUGGCAGGCGUACCUGGUACUCAGAACUCUUACAUGUUGACACCGACACACGGUGGAAAUUCACAGGGACCAAAUUCACCUCACGUGGGUAUUCCGUCCACAAGUGCAGGUACAGGGGAGAAUUUACCGGGAACUGUCCAGCCAGAAACUUGAAUCUUAAAAAUUGUUUAAAUUAGACAUUAGCAAAUAAAGAUAAUAUGAAAACUGAGUUUUUAAUUGACUUUAAUUUCAAAGUUUAGAUUUUAUUCUUUAAAUUUGUUAUUGCCGCUAGAGUCAUAAUAAUUAGUUAUAGCCCUUAUGCCUUCAACAUUCAACACUGUCACACUAUAUCUUUACUGUACAUUUUUAUAAUAGACAAAACAUAUUGCAUGUACAUAUGUUAAAAGGAUCCUUUUGCCCAGAAUGAUCUAAUUGCUUAUCUAAGGCGUGUAUAUUUUAUGAAAUUGAAAACAUCAAGCUUAAUAAGUUUAUAUUUUCCUUUUUU